AAUAAAAGAAUCUACCGAUCUCCGCAGACGCAAUAAUAAUAAAUACUAGCUAUCCUUGCAAUGCUGAAGCAAAUUCAAAAGAAGCCAAAUAUGAAUAUGCUGAUUUUCAAGUGUCUUCAAAUGGCUUUGCUGCUAGUUUUCACUAGCAGAUACACCAUUGCAGAAAAAACACAGCAUCCUAAGAGAACAUACAUAAUUCACAUGGACAAGUUCAACAUGCCAACAAGUUUCAACGAUCAUCUCCAAUGGUAUGAUUCAUCAUUAAAAUCAGUAUCAGAAUCUGCAGAGAUGUUGUAUACUUACAAACAUGUAGCCCAUGGCUUCUCCACAAGGCUAACUACUCAAGAAGCAGAGUUACUCACAAAGCAACCAGGAAUUCUUUCGGUUAUCCCUGAAGUUAGAUACGAGCUUCACACUACUCGAACACCAGAGUUCCUUGGAUUGGAGAAAACAACAACUCUUCUAGUGUCCUAUGGAAAACAAAGCGAGGUGAUUGUUGGAGUAAUUGACACUGGUGUAUGGCCCGAACUAAAAAGCUUUGACGACACCAAACUUGGACCAGUACCGAGUAGCUGGAAAGGGGAAUGUGAGACAGGUAAAAACUUCAACUCAUCAAACUGUAACAAGAAACUUGUUGGUGCGAGGUUUUUUGCUAAAGGCUAUGAGGCAGCUUUUGGGCCCAUUGAUGAAACGGCAGAAUCAAAGUCACCGAGGGAUGACGACGGGCACGGAAGUCAUACCUCAACUACAGCAGCAGGUUCUGCAGUUGCAGGAGCAAGCCUCUUUGGUUUUGCUUCUGGGACAUCAAAAGGCAUGGCUACACAAGCUCGAGUGGCAACUUACAAAGCGUGUUGGCUUGGAGGGUGCUUUACAUCAGACAUAGUUGCUGGAAUUGACAAGGCCAUCGAAGAUGGCGUCAACAUCCUUUCUAUGUCUAUUGGUGGAAAUUUAAUGGACUACUACGAAGACACUGUCGCAAUGGGAACUUUUGCAGCCAUGGAACAUGGAAUACUAGUAUCUAGUUCAGCAGGAAAUGGUGGACCUAGUCAAGCAACUUUGGCUAAUGUCGCACCGUGGAUAACCACUGUAGGCGCUGGAACUCUAGACCGUGAUUUCCCUGCCUAUAUCACCCUUGGAAAUGGGAAGAGAUACAACGGAGUGUCGCUUUACGAUGGAAAAUUGCCACCUGAUUCUCCACUUCCCCUUGUUUAUGCUGCUAAUGUCAGCCAGGAUUCUAGUGGAAAUCUUUGCACCACAGACAGUUUGAUUCCUAGUAAAGUUUCAGGAAAAAUAGUGAUAUGUGACCGAGGAGGAAAUCCGAGAGUUGAAAAGAGUUUGGUGGUGAAGCUUGCUGGAGGAAUUGGGAUGAUUUUAGCAAACAACCAAGAUUACGGGGAAGAGCUAGUUGCUGACUCCUAUCUCCUUCCUGCGGGAGCUUUGGGAGAGAAAGCCAGCAAUGAAGUAAAGAAGUAUGUUUUUUCUGCUCCCAACCCAACUGCUAAAAUUGUAUUUGGCGGUACUGAGUUAGGUGUUCAACCAUCACCAGUGGUGGCAGCUUUCAGCUCUAGAGGACCAAAUACACUCACACCAAAAAUACUCAAACCAGACCUUAUAGCUCCAGGAGUCAACAUUUUAGCUGGAUGGACUGGGAAAGUUGGACCAACUGGCUUGUCUGUUGACACAAGGCAUGUGAGCUUUAACAUCAUCUCUGGCACAUCCAUGUCAUGCCCUCAUGUAAGUGGUUUAUCUGCUCUUCUCAAAGGAGCUCAUCCUGAAUGGACUCCUGCAGCUAUAAGGUCUGCCCUCAUGACCACAUCCUACAGAACCUACAAAGAUGGACAAACCAUAAAAGAUGUUGCCACUGGGACCCCCGCUACACCGUUUGAUUAUGGUGCUGGGCACGUGGAUCCAGUAGCUGCUCUUGAUCCCGGGCUUGUGUACGAUGCUUCCGUGGAUGAUUACUUGAGCUUCCUCUGUGCCUUGAAAUACACGUCAUUUCAAAUAAAGCUUGUAGCAAGAAGAGAAUUCACCUGUGACAAAAGGAUCAAGUACAGGGUGGAAGAUCUCAAUUACCCAUCUUUUGCAGUUCCAUUUGACACAGCUUCAGGCAUAAGGGGUGGUUCUCAAAAAACAAGCACUGUCCAGUACAAAAGGGUUUUAACAAACGUAGGGACCCCAUCAACAUAUAAAGUUUCAGUGUCAUCACAGUCUCCUUUGGUUAAGAUUAUGGUAGAACCACAAACACUUAGUUUCAAGGAAUUGUAUGAGAAAAAGGGCUACACGGUCACAUUCACAUCUCAUUCAAUGCCAUCUGGUACAACCAGCUUUGCUCAUCUGGAAUGGUCGGAUGGGAAACAUAAGGUCACUAGUCCCAUUGCUUUCAGCUGGACAUGACUGUGAUACUUUCAAUGGCCCCUGACUCUGAAUAAUUGCAUUUCUCUUCUGUAGUCUGUAUUUUGUCCAACAAAGAAGCAUAUAAUAGAGCCGAAUAUGUGCCUCUUUGCUGUGAUUCCAUGUAAAGAAUAAUUUUGAACAUAACAAAACAGGGCAAUGGCACAUGUGAGUAAUGGCGCUGAAUUACAAUUCAUAUUAACCAACAAUUGAUCUAUUGCAGACAUCAAUUUGACA